AUGAGCGCUCGUCUUCUUUUUAUUUUUGUUGUGUUGCUGUUUGCAGUUGCGGUUCUAGAUGUGUUCGCUGGAUUUAUCAAGGUUUGCCUGCCGAUUUUUGUGAUUUUUUCUAGUUUCCUGUAUUCUUGUGCCAUGUGAGUGAUUCCUUUCUUUUGGGUACUAGGGCCACAUUGAAUUACAAUGAAACAAAAAGGCAUAUAAUUUGUCUGCCCUGGCAAUACAUAUCCUUUACCUCUGAUAUAGCUUUUUGACUAAAAACAAAGAAUGCACUUUUUUUAUUUUCCAAAGAAGAAAAAGCAAUAUCCACCUACUCUCUUUUGUCCAAUUAUCAACAAAGAUCAUUUGGUAACACCGAACAAUACAUCAUCUUCAUUUCACAGAAUGUAUUGCUUCUAUUUAUUUGCCACUAUCUGAGUCUAAAGGAUAAUGGAUGUACCAAGGAAUUAUACUGAAAAGGCGGGAAAAUUUUUGAACAUAGGAUUAAAAAGCAUUUUUAAAAGCCUUUUUAAAAUAUUUCUCUCUAAUAUGAUCUGAUUAUGAUCAUGAGGAUCACGAUUGGCUAAUAUAAAUGUAAACACGAUUUGGAGAAAAAAGAAAAAAGCCUUACAAGGGAAACUGACUUGUUGUAAGUGUCACAAGUUUGUUUUACAAUACUUGCGCCAUAUUCUUUAUUAUUAGAUUAAAAUCAGGUAUACUGGUUUCUAAACAUCACUGCUUUUAAAAGUCAGGAAAAGUUUUUCGCAAUAUAGUGUGAAUAUUUAUCGAUAGAGUAGUGAUCAAUCGACAAUGACUACUGUGACUAAUGUGUUACUUUUGUGAAAAAAUUUACUUUUUCAGUUCGUCCCUCAGUGAUUUGACAAGAAGCGUAAACUACUUGAUGUAAUCUUUUUACUUCACCUAAAAAACGCACACAGUUAGAAAAUUCAGCCUUAUUUUCUGUCUUUAAUCAAUAAACGGUUAAUUAAAUUCAUUUGAAUAUCAAAUGGGACUGAAAAAAAGAGCCUCAUCGACACUGUAAAUCUUAGCUUGCUUUCUGAAGGUUUCAAAAACGAUAUGGUACAUCUUGCACGAUAUUUGAUUGGCGUAAGUCUUAUACUUGCAAUAAUACUCAGUUUUUCAACAUGGAUUAAUCGCCAGCAAAGACGCGUGAACUGUAGUCGGAUUGCCUCAAAGGUCUGUCCGUUAUUAUCUGCGCGCGUAAAUCAACAUUCUGUACGGUAUCUGAUAAUUCAUUGUUCACUAACGACCACUAACUUUUUCAAUCAAAUCUAACACUCAACUUUCAUUUUGUGUAAUAUGCAAAUGAUCGUUAAAUAGGGUUGUUUUCUAGGAAAUUUGUUAAACAAGAAGUAUGCAUUAACAGACUCCGCGAUAUGGUCAUUAUCUCACUCAUACGCAGUUAUCACACAGGCAAUAGCAGCUAUUAAAGGAGAUGUCUCUGACUGGAAGUGUCUGUGACCAUUUCUCCCGGGAUUAUGCCAUUCUGAGAAGUCCUACAAGGAUGAAACAGCUGUCCAUGGCUACUGGUGUUCAGUUGAUAUGGCAUUGCGCAUGCGAUAGGUACCUGCGGUACUGCGGAGUUUGGUGUUAAUUGUGUUUACAUCUAGUGAUGUUAUUUGAUCGUAAAACUGCUUAAAUACCAAAUAGCGAAAGGGGAGGGAUGGUGUUUUUUUACGAGGGGGUAUUUUAAAACGGGUCGCUUAUUAGAGACGUACCCUCUACAGUACCUUCUACUCUGACUGUUUUCUUACUUUUCUUUGUAGGUUCGAAAGAAGAGAUUUGAAAGUAAGUAAAAACAUAUCAUUCUAAAGUAGUAACUUGCUCCCGGACCUACAUUACCCUAGAAUUUUUCCUAAUAAUCUUAUUACAUAGAUGUUGCGGAAUCUUCCACUGCGUUUGGAAUAUCUCAGCGUUCGCUAGUUCAAUAAACAAUCAGGACUGCACGCGGUAUCUUUCACUUUCUUCGCUUUGCGUUCGUUCAUUCGUACAUCACAAUCGUUCUUAACAUUCUACCCAAGAUUACGAUGCUCACUAGUUUUAUUGCUACCACAAGUAAACGCCUUGACUGCGUAUGUCCGGCCGCAAACCGAACUUGGCAAAAGCUCACUAUUAUUUCUUGUGAUCUAGCGCAUGAGCGUGAAACCUAUUUCCUUAAUAUAUCCCACAUAAUCAUAACAAUAACAAAAUUGUCAAAUGUGAUUGGCUAUCAACUGCCCUGAUUUCAGCCUUAAUUGGACAGUUUAAUAGGACAGUACCCGUCAUGCCUAAGUAAUUAGACAGUACUCGCCAUCACGCGCGCGCUUAAAUGGCUUUUUUUUUUUCGCUGCUAGCAAAACAAAAUUUUGAAUUUCUUGUGUUUUGAUUUAAAAAAUAGCCUAUAAUAUCACAAAUUUUGUUAAAGUUAUGAUUAAUUGGUAACAGAACUUUGUGUCGUCCAAUUCGGUCUGUAAUCAAACUCGGAAUUAAACAAAUCGGACUCCCGCUACGCGGUCGUCCGAUUUUGUUAAUCACUCGUAUGAUUACAGACCGAAUUGGACUCCACUCAGUCCUGUUACCAUUACUUAUCGACCCUUUUAUUAUUUACCGCGCAUAAACCGAUUACAAUCAAAACCACAAAGACUGAUAAAAACAAACCGAGUCAAUUCUAUUAUUCGUCAUAGGAUGUGGUUGUACGCCUAAGACAAUUUUCUACUUGCAAGGCAAACUCAACUGCUCAACAAUUGCGAAAAAUGAUACUAAUAAUAGAAUAAAUUUUCGAGACACUUAAAUUUCACUAUUUGAUGGUUCACAUAUUUCGCGGCAUUUAAAUUUCGCGAUUUUACAACAAUUCUGGAUUGAGAGUCACUUUAAUUUCACGAUCUUCAGCAAAACACAAUACUCUUAAUUUUUUAAUAUUCAUUGCAAGAAGAAACAAAAUUCCACAGGCAUAAAAUUUUCUCAACACUUUACUUUCGCGAUUUUUUUGAAAUCGCGAAAUUAAAGUGUCGCGAACAUAACGUGACGUGAAAGUGAAGUGAAAGAAAAAACUGGGAGUAGAUAAUACUUGUGAAGCUUAUUUAGAGUAGAUAUCGUGGACAAUACCUGGCGGUGCAUCAUUUUCUUAGGUUUCACAUGAUAACAAAUGCAGAUGAAGUCGUUUUAUUUGAUUAAGUAACGGGAACAUUUCAUGACGACGCGACGUUAAGACAAAUCACAGUCUGUUCUGAUUAGUAAAAUCAAGGAAGAUAAUCUAAUGAACUGAAAACUGAGUGAAUAGAACUACGUCCGCAUGGCCAAGGACUGUUGUGGCAAUAGCCUCAUUACUAGGGAUUAAUUUUCAUGCAUUGCUACGUAAAGUGUCUGUUGUUUUGAAUACUGUUGCGAUCAACUAAAACGGUCGUUAGACGACACUAAUUUUGUGAAUCGCCAUAUAAAUUUAAUAGUGUGUUGAAAAAGGAAACAAAUUAGAUUUUUCAUAAGGAGUUUCUCUUCAAAAUCACCUUGAGCUUUAGUUUUCCUUGGACAAAGUCUGUUGCUAUGGCUACGGAUAUCACAAGUGACAUGAAUUAAAGCCCUUGGAACAAGGUUGCCACAUGCAGCGAAACAGUUAAUUGUUUGUGUAACAUUUUACACUGUCAUUGAAAAAUACUUUGAAAAUUUGUAAGAUUAUGUAUAUAAUUUGAAUUUUCAGUAAAUUUUAGGAUGGACGGCAUGAUGUGGGCAUCCAACCACAAACACACACGCACCCCCCGACCCCUCUUCCACCCCUAAGUAACCAUGCGUCAUGCGUCAUAACCUUAACGAAAAUGAAAGCAAAUUAUCCCAAAUAGCACACAAUGGCAUUAAAUGUAAUGAAAAUAAAGCUUUCUGGAGCAAAACAAACAAAAGCUUAAUAUUGCAACCGAUCGGGUUAGAAUGCGGACAUAGGAAUAGUAAACUUGAUCAGGUAACGACUUAAGGAUAUCGAACUACAAAGAUGGCUAAGUGAGGUAAAUAACGACACCAGAAAAGAUGCUAACCAAAGCAACAAAAUGAUCAUGAGAACCUACCGGGUAUUCAAAACGAUAGACAAUUACAAAUGUGAAGAUUACCUUCAUCAGGUCACCAAUACGCGAUACAGAAUAGCUCUAACAAAAUUUCGACUAAGCAGCCACAAAUUAUCCGAGACUGUUUAAGAAACCUGAAGAAUUAAUUUGCCUAAUUUGUAAAAUGGAAAUGGAGGACGAAUACUAUUUUCUAAAUAUAUACCCUGCUUACGAGGGGAAAAGAUGUUCGUUACUAGAUUAUUUGGAAAAAGAAUAUAGAAUAAAAAUAAGCAGAAUGUCACCUAACAAAAUAUUCAUGUUUCUAACCCCCCUAGUGGAAAAUGCUAAAAAAACAAAAAAUUAAUAGCAAAACAUAUAUUCGAAUACUGUGGAAAAAGAAAAGAGGAAGACGGCAAAAAGUAAAUACUCUGGGAAUUAAUUAAUAACUUAUUAGCCAUAUAUGGUUAGGAUUUUUCUUGUUUGUAAUUUUAGUCCUUUGGAAAUAGUUGACAUACUAUUUGUUGUAUAAGUGACUCCAAAUAAACACAUGUAUGUAUGCAUGUGUGUAUGUAUGUAUGUAGAUCAAAAAAUGCUGUGAAGGGGAAAGGAGAAGGAAAAAUUUCUUAUUUCUUCCUCGAUGAAAGAUUAAUUCUUAUAAAUUGAUGUUUGUCUAUUGAAUGUAGAUAACACUUGUACGGAAAAAGUGAUGAGCCGAGAGCCCGUGUGCAAACAGUUGAUAUGUCCUGACAACGUUGGCAGACAAAUGAGGUUAACAUUUUGCAAAAAAAUACCAAAAUUUUGUCCAAAGAUUCAAAAGGAUCCAUCAGCCGUCUGCUGCCCUUCAAAAUGCGGUAAUAUCUCUAAUGUGUAAAUCUUCAUAAUGAGGUUCAAUACCAGGCCUUUUGCAACUAGUAUUUCACGUGGGACAAAAAACCCGCGCCAUGAUGAAGAACAAUGAAAGCACUGGGACAAGAUAAACAAAGAGCUCACUUUGUUUGUUUUCUCCUAGUGCGUCUUUUACUCUCCAAUUUGGCAGUUUUGUACCAAGUGAAUGACUAGCUAAGUUGCAGAUCGCCUGCUUAUUUAAAGGUUCGAGCCUGAACUCAUUCUACUACCGGAAAUGUUGAGAUAGCAGAUGUAUUGCACUUGAGCAAAUAAAGUUCAUCUUAUUUAUCUUUAUCUAUAAAUAAUUGCUUUAACAGUUAUGAAUAAUUCAAUUUAGAAUUCGGCGUGGCCACUGAAUAGGAGCACUGAAGACCCAUUUAUACGGGGUUACCCUCGACCUAAGGAAAUAUAUUUAAAAAUUCCUGUCAGUAGACUAAGACGCGUGUACAACGGUGUCUAUUGUUUUAAACUCAAAUUCAGGCACCUUCUCAGCUCGCCGGUAUUUGUGAAUAUUUUACUUCAGUUCGAGGCUAACCCCGUACAAAUAAAAAUUCGACGUUUUUAUUCUGCUGCCACGACGAAUUCGAAUCUGACUAGACUAUACGCUCUUCUCACAUAUGGUAAUAUGCCCGUCUAACGAGCAAAUGCCCAUUUUUAAGAAAACUUUAAGUUUAUGCUUUUGCAGCAGACUAAUCGUAAAGUUUCCUAUUUUUACUCAAAAACGAGGUUAGACGGGCAUAUUACCAUACGUGAGAAGAGCGUAUUGCUCCGCUGAUUUUUUUCCCCAUUAUCACACUUAAUCAAUCAUCAUUUGAGCAUGCCAUUUGUUUUAUUGUUUAUUUUUUUGCCGAGUUGGGAACCAAGAGUUGUUCACUCAUGCAAGAGGACUGAAUCCAAAAUGCUAAGGUGGCCCGCAAGAGGACUUGCUGCAAAUGAGAUAAAGUUGCUGCAAAUUAAAUUAAGCUGCAUACUUUCCCGUCACUUAAUUUGCAGCAACUAUUUUUUAUUUGCAGCAGCUUAAGUUAGUUUACAGCAACUUUAUUUUUUUUUUUGCGUCAACUUUUUUAUUUGCAGCAUAUCCGCUGUGGGCCACCAUAAAAUUUCUACCAAAAAAAAGACUGCAGUUCUACAGCUUUGUUGAAUUCUCUCUUUAAUUGUUUGCUUGAUGUUUUACAGUUUGUGAAGACAGAAACGGCAUAAAGUAUUCUCCUGGUGAGAGCUUUAACGUCGAUGAUGGUAGAAACCCGCGCCACAAAUGCAAAUGUGGAAAAGACGGAGUACCUGAAUGCCACGAAUACUAUAUAAGUAAAUAUUGGCUCGCUUUAUUUCCAGUGUUGUUGUCAUUGCUUGUCGCCAGGAUGGUCCGCAGGUUCAGAGAUCUAAAUAGUACAAAAAGAACAAAUAAUAUUGCUGACUUAUGACAUAAAUCACACAAUGAUGGUUUUGUUGCUAAAAAUUCGAUUACUUCUACUUGUGGCUCGUUUUGUAGCAUUGUAAACUGAAGCAGCAGUAUAGUUAUUACUGUUGUUGCUGAUGUUGAUCUCAAUAGCGUUUAAUAGUUUGGUAGGGGUGGAAGGAGGAGGUGAUGGAGCGGUAAAUGUGUUCGCUCCCACUCCCCGAUAAAACUUCUAGCAGCAGAAGCUAAAUGUAUAAACAAAAAUUGGGACAGUCUUCAAUUAAGCUAGUUAAUUCAACUGAUUUAUUCAUAUUUUUCAUGCUGAACCUAAUAGGCAACCUGCUUACUCAAUACUUUUUUCUUCAUUUUGACUGCUUAAAUUAGUGUCAGCUUUUUGCAUUUCGUUAACUAAUUGGUAAUAAAAUGUAGCCUCGUACACCUCGGCCGGCUACUGAUUACUCACUGAAAUCGUCUCCGUCCUAUAUCUUUUUCUUAUCGCAAUUAUUUUCUAGUUUAUCCAAACUACUAACGUGAUAAGGCUGCGAGUUAUAAGUUGUAAGCACAUUUAGACUUCAAAAAGCAAGUUUCUAGCUGUAAAACUUACUUUUAACUCCCUUCAUUUUUUAGUUCCACCAAAAGUACCCAGACCUCCACCAGUAUUUCCUCCUCCACCAAACUUUCCUCCUCCACCACAUGAUGAGGUAGGUGUCGUCUGACGUCAUUAGUUAAUCAACAGCUACCACGCACAAAGAUUUAUAUUUGUAAUUAGAGUCGUCACCCUGCUAGCAGAGCCUUUCAUUCACUUGCUUGAUUUAGGCGUACUCCAGAAAGACUUCGUUGAGCAUGUGCUGCUUGUUACAAGGACACAGGUUUGAACCAAGCAAAGCUUAAAACUGUGCGCUUAGUACACGGAUUUCCGCUCUCAGAAAGGGAGUUUGACGAGAGAAAACAAGAUUGACUAGUUCGGGCUUCGGCAAUUUCAAAGGCUUGACGUGAUUCAAGCAGGGUCUUCUUUUUCUCUUUUUUUCUCAUGAAGAGAAAAGAAAGCUCUUAUCGCAGGGUGGAGAGUCAUACGUAACUGACAGGUUUUGGCUUUUCAAAGUGCUGCGUUCAACACGUCCAUCUUGUUACACUGUUCGCAAAAGGCGAACUUCGAACUUUUCAACUUUAAACAGCUAACAAAUCACGUUAUUCUGCAAAGGGUUCAAUAAUUUUUCUAUCAUUGAAUUAUUGUGCUCUUUUGUUUCUUUAUGUUUUUUCAUUUAUGGUCGUUGUACCAUCAUGCCACCGAUAUAAAGAUAUAUUGUUGUUAGUAAAUAAUUCUUAGCUAAUAAAUGCAUCAAUUUUCCAAAAAAAAAAAAAAAGAAAAAGAAGUCGUUUACACCAUACACUUACGAUUUGAGCAUUGUUUGUGGCGGAACAACUUUCAUCUUUUUUGCGUAGGAGCAGAACGUUUUCCCAGCGUAGGCAAAUAUCGGAUUAUAUUGUGAUUAAGUGGUUUGUUAGCCACUUCAGAAAAAGUAAUUUGAAUAGUCAUGGAGUUUAUGAGACACUUGAUAUUUUUAAUACCAUAUCGGUGAAGUGCAACGUUACCUCGAACCCAGAUCUCACUCUGGCCGUGGGAGAUUUGGGCAAGAGUUCACCGUUUAUUUGCGUUUGAGUUCGGCACUUGUGGAAACAUCAGGGUCGGCUAGUGGGAUAGUGAUACCCCAAUACACACCCUUCCCUUCCUUCAAAUUUUUGAGCAGUUUUUAGCGAGGUGGUUGUGUCGCUUGUGGUGGCUGCGGGUGGUUGUGUUGAUUGUGGUGGUUGUUAUAGCCGAAAUGAUUGCUAAAUCGAGCUGGGGCUAACUGGAAAAUACCGUAUUUAUUCGAAUGAUUGACUUCUGUAUACUGCAUACCCCAAACCCCGACUGUUUCUGAUACAUAUCAUUUGAAAAAUAACCUUCUCCUGAGGUUUAUUACUGUUGCCUGUUUUUUGACAUAUAAUGUAAAAAAUAUCUUUUAAAUCUUCACUUGUUUUCUUUGCUUUUUUAUCAGUUUAGGUCACAACUCAUUUACAAUGUUUUCUCUCUUUUAGGAGCAAACCGAUUGACAUUUUAGCAAGAUACAAAACUUUUUCUGAUCCAGAGAAAAUCGCUUUUAGUUCAACCAUAG